CUGGGGGGCAAAAAUUCCUUGUUGAUGCUAGAGGUCGGAGGAGAAUGGGCCGACUGAUUCAAGCUGACAGAAGAUCAACAUCCAAGAAAAUUCUUUUAGGUCCCACAGACCCGAACAACAAACAAGAGUUCAAUCUUAUUCCCUCCAUUUUAUGCCUUUUACGUCGUCCGUCCCGUCAUCAUUUGAUGCUACUGAGAUUACUUACACGCACACACACACACACACACACACAUACACACACAAACACACACACACACACACACACACACUGUUGCUCCCUGACUCCUCGGGGCACUGUGGAGGAGGUGCUUUCCCCAGAGCUCCACUGCUUAUUGAGCAUCAGGGACCGGCUCUGCCACUUUGUGAGAUUCUCCUGCUGCUGCUGCUGCUCUCCACUGACACACAGCAACACAACAGAGACCAACGAAGUUAAAAGGUUGAGAUAUCCAGCUCAGUUGUAAAGUGUGUGUUGAGUCUUGGUUUCACACUUUGCUCUGCCAGCACUUAGCGGAGGUGGGCAUGCCCUGGACCAGACCCCAGGUGGAGCUUCCUGCUGGCGGAGCAGAGGCCAUGGACCAGUACAACGCAGACGACCACCACUUUGAUGGCUCCCUGUUCCCCACCUCCACCCUCAUCCCCGUCACUGUCAUCUGCAUCCUCAUCCUCAUCAUCGGGGUGACGGGCAACACCAUGACAAUCCUCAUCAUCCAGCACUUCAAGGACAUGAAGACCACCACCAACCUGUACCUGUCCAGCAUGGCGGUGUCUGACCUCCUCAUCUUCCUGUGCCUGCCCUUUGACCUGUACCGCCUGUGGAAGUACGUGCCCUGGCUGUUUGGGGAGCGGGUGUGCCGCCUCUAUCACUACAUCUUUGAGGGCUGCACCUCGGCCACCAUCCUUCACAUCACGGCGCUGAGCGUAGAGCGCUACCUGGCCAUCAGCUUCCCCCUCAGGAGCAAAGUGGUGUUGACCAGACGCAGGGUCCAGUACAUCAUCCUCGCCCUGUGGCUUUUCGCCCUGGUGUCUGCGGCUCCAACGCUCUUCCUGGUUAGCGUGGAGUAUGACAAUGACACAAACCCGGACUACAGUACCGGGCAGUGCAAGCACACUGGCUACGCUAUUAGCUCUGGGCAGCUGCACAUCAUGCUGUGGGUGUCCACCACCUACUUUUUCUGCCCGAUGCUCUGCCUCACCUUCCUCUACGGCUCCAUCGGGUGGAAGUUGUGGAAAAGCAAAAAUGACCUGGAAGGCCCCUGUACUUUGGCCCGUGAAAGGUCCCACAGGCAAACUGUCAAGAUCCUGGUGGUGGUGGUGCUGGCCUUCAUCAUCUGCUGGCUGCCUUACCACAUUGGCAGGAACCUCUUUGCCCAGGUGGACGACUAUGACACGGCCAUGCUGAGCCAGAACUUCAACGUGGCGUCCAUGGUGCUGUGCUACCUCAGCGCCUCCAUCAACCCCGUGGUCUACAACCUCAUGUCUCGGAAGUACAGGGCCGCAGCCAAACGCCUCUUCCUGCCGCAUCAGCCGCCCGGACAAGCCCAGCGCAGCCAGAGACAGCUCUGCGUCAACGACCACAUCUCCACCCUGAAUGAAAGCCUGACUGGGGUCUGAGGGGCCUCAGCGAACUCUUAAACAGUGUUUUUUUUUUUUUUUUUUUUUUACAGCUGUGUUUGACUUCAUCAGCAAGGGAGAGUUUGCAGGCGUCUUUAAAGUUCGGGAGUUGCAGAUAAAAGAGGAAACUCGGUGAAGAUGUGUAGAGGAGGAAUGCUUGUUCCACUUAGUCUUUCAGUGGGGAAAGCAGGGCCGAGAGCUCCACUGCACUUCAAUGCAAAAUCAGAUUUUACCACACCUCAGUGGUAUUUUGUUCACAGAGACCGGGUGAACGAUCACAUUUAAUUUCUGUUGAAAUGAAGAAUUACGUGGAUUUCAAGCAAAGAAUGUUCAUGUUUCAGUGUUACACCUCAUGCAAAAUGAUUUACCGGUACAUUGUGUGUAGCUUCACGUUAUUUCUUGCUCUGUGUCAGCGCUUACUGAACACAUGCACCAUUUCAGUUCACAGCUACCAUCAGUCCACAGCACUGAUUAGUAAGGGAUCCCUCUUUGUUACUGUAAUGACGGAUGAGGUUUAUUCACAUUUAAAAUGACUGUUCAUUUAUUAUGUUUAAUUGUAGU